GCCUGCGUGGCAUUGGCUGGAUUGGAUAAGGCCACUGAUCGUUUGGAUAAGGCACAACAAAAUGGAUGAAAGUCGAGGUGGAUCCAGCUACGGAGGUAGAUUCGCUGGUGGAGACUUUGAUGCGAUUGAAUUUUUGAAAAGGCCGCAAACAAUCGUUCGUUUGAUAAGCUGGGUAUUUGCAAUUAUCGUUUUUGGAUGCAUCUCUGAUGGCUGUUAUGAUCCAGGCACUGGGCAUUGUCUUUUCCACAAAGAUGCAAAUGCAUGCAACUAUGGCAUUGGCAUAGGAGUUAUUGCAUUUCUUGCUUGCAUUAUUUUCUUGGUAGCAGAUGCAUCUUUUGAAAACAUUAGCAAUGCAGAGCUAAGGAAGAAGUUAGUUUUGGCUGACUUGGUCUUUUCUGGAUUUUGGUCAUUUCUUUGGUUUGUUGGAUUUUGUUACCUGGCAGACACCUGGAGGAAAUCAUCGACAAUAUCCUAUUCACAAUUUCAGCUCAAUCAUGCAAGAGCAUCCAUCACAUUUUCAUUUUUUUCUAUUAUAACCUGGGCUGGAUUGACAUCUAUGGCUUUUAUGCGACACAGAAAAGGCACAGACUUUGACACUGGAAUCCCAGGAGAAACUCGACAGUCACCAUAUGCAUCAUUUCCAGAACCAGAAGAUGACCAAGGAUUUCAAUCCCAGCCUUUUGGUGGGAAGCCGCAGCAACCAGUCACAACAGAGUACAAUGUCCCCUCAUACUAGAGGGAAAUGAAGUAUUUUUGCAACCAUUAGCUUAUAAAUGGAGACACAAGCAUGUCACUUUUUGCUUUGUAAUUUUUGUAUUAAAGUUGUAAGUUCUAAUGUUAAAUCACAUUGAUUUUUAUUCUGGGAAUGAUUAGUCUCACAAUGGUCCUCUUUCUUUGUCACCUCACCAACACAGCACCAACCAAUCCACACAGUACCACCCUACCCACUCUUUACCAACCAACCCACAUCAUACCAUACCAUCGUACCAUCUCAAAACAGAAUCCAGGUCUUGUUUUCUACCCCAAUUCUCAAGACAACUCUUGUACCAGGAAAGAUUUAUAUCAUUAGCAUGUGUCCAAUAACUUUCCAGGCGUUUAAGAUUUUUAAUUGCGCACGCUUUGUUGUUGUACGUUGUGGAAAAUAUUUACUUUUUCUUGAAAACGCUUUAGAUGGAGAUUUGCUGAAAUAGUUCAUAGCAAUAUUACAUGAUGAUUUGUAAUGCAUAUUUAUACUUUCGUGAAAUAAAUUGCUUGUUAUUAGUAAGUGAUCUGGAUAGUUGGUGCUACUAUCAUCAAGGCAAUUCGUAGAAAA